CUGAAGACGAGGAAGCCAAGGCUGCCGUGGUCCUGCAGACCAACUUCCGAGGCUACAAGGAGAGGAAGAAGUUUAAGGAGAGAAAGAAGACCAUGGCCGGAUCCGAGCUGCAGCUGCCACCCGUGUCACCGCCGGAAGCCGAACGUGGCCAAGAAGAAGCGGAAGGUGCCAAGAGCCCCGAGGAGGAGGAUGAAGAUACGUAUGAAGCGGAGGAGAACGGAGACAGCGAUCACACGCAGGUGCCGGACGACGAAGACAACAUCGAAGUGGCGGAUGAGCUGGUGUUUUCAUCCGGGGAAGAAGUCCCGCCCGAAGAGAACAGAGACGACUCGAUCUCGCAGGAGGAGUCCGAAGCUGCCACGGUCCUCCAGAGUAAUUUCAGCAGCCACGAGGAGAGGAAGGGGCUUCAGGAGGAAGCCAAGAGCAACCUAAAGAACCGCUAUGAGCAGGAAACUUCCGACGAAGAUGCCGUGGAGCAGGACAGCGCAGACCCGGAAGAGACCAAGGCUGCCACGGUCCUUCAGAGUAACUUCAGGGGCCACCAGGAACGCAAACGACUUGAAGAGGAAGGGAAGACCACCGAGAGUAGGACAGAAGAACUCAAAGUGGAGCCAGAAUCAUUUGACAACCUUGAGGUCCUGGAUGGAGAAGAGGCAACCGAGAAACCUUUAUCCCCCAACGACGUGGAUCUUGAACUAACCCAGGAGGCUUUGGAUGCCUCUGAUGUUCUGUUGGAAUGUGACGCUGAGAAAUGGCGGGAGGAAGAGGCCGCGUUAAAGAUCCAGAGUCAUUUCCGAGGCUAUAAGCAACGCAAGAAGACGAAGGCCAGCAAGCAGGCGGCGCAGAAGGAAGCCCAGCAGCUGGAGACCUUCUCCAAACAGAUCGCCAAGACUUCUCACCACUUUGUGGCCCUGCAGCAGAAAUUGACGGAGAUUAUCCAGGCCCAUCAAUCAAACCCGGAGAGGAACGGCAUGUUUGUCAAGGAGAAACCAAUCAAUGGCUUUGCUUCCCCGAUGUACAAAUCAC